UGUUAUACUUGACACUAUAGUUUAGUCUGUGACUAACAUUUCUCUCAACGUAUUACAGACUGUUUUAACACAAGUUGACCAAAUCUACUCAGCCACUCCUUCAGAGCAGGGAAUUGGAUCUGAAACUACAGAUUGAUUUCGAACGGUGCUAUAUGAAUAGUAAAUAUGGCUACUAAUCAAAAGUCAACCGCAUUAUAUGAAAAGACAAGAAAGCAUGCUAGAAAAGGAAAGUCCCAUCCUUUUACUCACAGCAGAAAGAAUACUAAAUUAAAAGAAAAAAAACAUAAAAGAGAACUUGUAAAAAGUGAACUAAAACUAGUUUUGGAAGAUCAAGAUUCAUGUGAUUUUGAACAAGUUAAUGAUUUGCUUUUCAGUUCAAACAAAAUUGAUUAUGAGGUGUUGACAUCAUUUAUGGAUUUAUUAAGCCAGACAUUCAUUGAUGAGUCAACAAAAAAAUUGGAAGUCCUACAGUGGGUGUUUCAGAAGAAUUUUUUAGAUUCAGUUUUGAAACUGAUACAAGAAAAAACUAAAGAGAUGAUAAAAACUGAUGAUGGAAGUGACAAAUGUGAACAAUUCUUCAGAAACUUUCUUAGACUGUCUGCAUUAGCUAUCAAACAUUUACCUGCAUCAAAUCUAAAUUUUUUAAUACCUACGUUGAUGUAUAUCAAAAACAUUUUAAGUAGAUUAGAAGAAAAAAUUAACAUAACUUGCCAUCAUUUUGAUUUUGAUGAAAUGGUAAAUCUAAUAAAUGAAAAGGCUAAAAUUGAGGAACUUGAAAGAGAGCAAGUAUCAUCAAGCGAUGUUAAAAACAUGAGAAACAUGAGUGUUCUACCAACAGUGGAAGACUUAUUUCAAAAACCACCUGAGCUAAAGAAGAACAUUGUUGAAGGAGCUUACACAAAUGUUGACCAUUAUCUCACCGUUCAAUUUGCCCUGCUUCGUGAGGACUUUGUGGCGCCUGUUCGAGAAGGAGUUCUAGAGCAUUUAUCUCGAUCCAGCAUUGCUAAAAAAAGAAAGACCCAAGUAGUAAUGUGCCACGGGGUUAAAAUAUGGCAUGCCACUAUAGACAAAGGAAAGUUUGGUCAUGUGGUUCAGUUGGCCGGGAAUAUAAAGUGGGAAAUUGUUACUAAAUUUUUCAUCUUUGGAUCCCUCCUUUUGUUUACCACAGAUUCCUUUAAAUCCUUCUUCGUAGGGACUGUUAUUAAUGUGAACGAUAAAACUGAAACUGUCACAGUUAAACUUGAUAUAAAUUAUUUUAAAGUCUGUAACAACAUCUAUGCAGAUGAAUUCACCAUGGCAGUUUCUAAAGUAUUUUUUGACCCCUACUACCAAGUACUGAGUGCACUACAAUCAAUGCCUACAGAUAAUUUUCCCAUGGAGAAGUACAUAGUUGAUGUAAGUUCAGAGUCUAGCCCUCCUGCCUACAUAAACAAGUUGCACCUUAGUAACUACACAUUCUUUGGAAAUAUGUCUGUUAAUAUUAUGGAUCAAAACUGGCCCGAGUUCACUGAAGUUAAGUUCAAUCCAUCCCAGCAAGAAGCGUUCCAAGCAGCUUUGACUAACGAGUUUGUAGCGAUCCAAGGGCCUCCUGGGACAGGGAAGACAUUUCUCGGUCUGCAGAUAGUCAAUGCGCUUUUAGACAAUGUAAACAGUUCUUCCCCAAUUUUGGUUGUGUGCUAUAAAAACCACGCAUUGGAUCAGUUUCUGGAAGGGAUACUGAAUACAACCGAAAAGAUAGUCAGAAUUGGUGGAAGGAGUCGAAAUGAAAAACUAAAAAACUUUAAUUUAAAGGUACUUCGAGGCUCUUACGGGAUUGAUUUACAUAACGAGGUUUUAGAAGAACUAGCAACAAGUUACUUUAAGAAACAGUAUCAGUUGGAUGGUCUAAGUAAACAUGGUAUCCUCUCAGUGGACAAUGUGCUUCCUUAUGUACCUCAUGAAUUGAGAGAAGAACUACUCAGCACAAGCCUGGAAGAUUGGUUGAUGGAGGGGGCUUUUCUAAAUGAAGAAACUGAAGACACCCGAUAUGAGGAGUUAUUGGACACAGCUGACAAGAUUAACGACAACAACGAGGAUUCUGAACAGUUAAAUGCGUGUUCAGAACAAGAUAACUGUCCAGUAAGUAACAGCGAGAAUAUUUUUCAACAAGAGAAGUUUUAUUUUGCAGAAGAAAGUAAACAACGCUAUGUUGAAACGUACAUCGACGAUUACUCCGAGGUCUAUGAUAAUAUUGCUGGGAAGGCCCAAAAGGAGGUGAUAGAAAACAUGGGAGAGUGGGAAGAUAGAGGCAAAGUUUCAGUGCUCAAACCUUAUUUUACUCUUACAAUUCGUUUUUUAAAAGAAUAUCGAGAUAUAUUAGAAUUCCAAGCAAUGGAACUGCAGAAAAAUGGUGAAGAAUGUAUUGACCUGGACAGAGAGAAGGAGGACCUAACAAAGGAAAUUGGUUUCUUAAAAAGAAUGCUCAACAUGAAGAAAUUCAACAAACCAAAAGAGCUUCAGGAAAUAUGUUUGAUAGCAGAACAAAAGGGAAUGUGGGCUUUAUCCAACCGUCAAAGAUGGUUGUUGUACCAUUCUUGGUUACAUAGGUUAGCAGAAGACAUGAGGGGAGAAUUGAUGAGAUUGGAAAAAUCCAUUCGUUCUGCAGAAGAGAUGAUUGAUGUGGCAAGAAGUGGAGCGGAUUUGAAAAUUUUGGAAAAGGCGAAAGUAGUCGGAGUUACUACAUCUGGAGCCGCCUCAAAUCGUGCAACACUGAACAAGCUGGGAGCAAAAAUUGUAAUAAUAGAAGAGGCAGCUGAAGUGUUAGAGUCCCAUAUCGUAACUUCUCUGAGCAGCAGUUGCCAGCAUCUCAUACUGAUUGGUGAUCAUAAACAACUGAAACCAAACCCAGCUGUCUUCCAGCUAUGCAAGAAAUAUAACUUUGACGUCUCACUUUUUGAGCGUAUGGUAAGAAAUGGCAUGAAUUGCUACUCGCUGAACGUUCAGCACCGAAUGAGACCAGAAUUCGCAUCUUUGAUUGUACCAACCAUUUAUCCUGAACUCGUCAGUCAUUCGAGUACCAAAAAACGUCCAGAUAUUCGAGGUAUCCACAGUAACCUCUACUUCAUCAACCACAACAAUCCUGAAGAACAGUUGUUGGAGACUCAGAGUCACGUGAACAAGCAUGAAGCCAAGUUCGUUUUGGAACUCGCUCGCUAUUUAGUUCUGCAAGGCUACUUGCCAAACGAGAUCACCAUCUUGGCUACUUACAGCGGACAGAUGAAAAAAAUUAUGAAGAUGAGGGACCAAGAGAUGAGGGAGGUGAGAGACGUACGGAUAACAACAGUAGACGACUUUCAAGGCGAAGAAAACAAAAUUAUAAUAUUAUCACUUGUACGAAGUAACGAAGAAGGAAAAAUCGGUUUCCUAAAAACUGAAAACCGAGUGUGUGUCGCCCUUUCUCGAGCCAGAGACGGACUCUACAUCAUCGGCAAUAUGGACUGUCUUGCAGAAAACAGCCAGAUUUGGCCUCAAGUUAGAGAUAGGUUGAUGGAGCAUAAUGCAAUAGGUGAAAGUCUGAGUGUGUAUUGUGAGAACCAUCGGGAGACUAAGUCUCUAGUCAAGGACGGAGCCAUGUUCCAGCAGAUGCCGCAGGGAGGCUGCAGUCGUAAGUGUGAGGUAAACCUCGGCUGUGGUCACAAGUGCAAGUACCACUGUCAUCCUAGGGAUCAGGAACACCGGGGUCGCUACAUGUGCCCUGCUCCCUGUGAAAGGACAUGCAAAUUGCAACAUCCUUGUCGCAAACCCUGUGGCAAAGAUUGUGGACCUUGUCCGUUCCCAGUAGAGUUUCUUCUGGAUUGCAACCACACGAGGAAAGCAGCUUGCGGUAGUGAUCCGGCUAAGAUUCAAUGUCGUGAGAAUGUACCUUGCAUACUGCCAUGCAACCACGACUCAACCAAACUAUGUUACCAGACUGAUGAAGAAGUAAGAACAAUAAAGUGCAAGAGUGUUUGUGGCCAAGCUAUCCCUUGUGGUCACCAGUGUCAGAAACCCUGCCAUUACCUUGAGAGGUGGUGCUUUUAUUAUAAGUGCGAAGUUAUCGCUGAAAAAACACUGGACUGUGGACACAAGGUCGAGUUUAAAUGCUGUGAGAAAGACAAAGUAAUGUUGGAUUGUCAUCAAAUAACUGAGAAAGAGUUAAGAUGUGGCCAUCUUCACACAGCUCCUUGUUCCAGUUUCAAGUAUAAUAUAACAAAGUGUCUUGAAUUGGUUGAGAAAAAGUUAAUUUGUGGCCAUAAGGUUGAGUUAAAAUGUUGUGAGAAAGACAAAGUAAUAUUGGAUUGUGAUCAAAUAAUUGAGAAAAAGUUAAGCUGUGACCAUCUUCACACAGCUCCGUGUUCCAGUUUUACAAAAAAUACUACAAAAUGUCUUGUCUUGGUUGAGAAACAACUUGAGUGCAAUCACACGGAAACACUUCCCUGUGGACAACCGAUUGAUGAAAUAAUUUGUACCAAAGAAACUUCAAGAAAACUUCUCUGCGGUCAUAGUGUCAUAGGGCAAUGUGGCACACCUUUGGAUAAACUUCAAUGUAAAAAGCCUUGUGCUAAAGUUCUAAAGUGUGGGCAUCCUUGCAAGAAAACGUGCUACAAGCCAUGCCUAUGUAAAACUAUUGUCGAAAAAGAGUUGGAAUGUGGUCACAAAGUAAAGACCAAGUGUUCCGUGACUCCUGUAUGUGACCAACCUUGUGAACGUGUCUUAUUAUGUGGUCACAAAGUAAAGACCACAUGUUCCGCUGUAACUCCUGUAUGUGAGCAGCCUUGUGAACGCGUCUUGUUAUGUGGCCACAAAGUAAAGACCAAAUGUUCUGCGAAGACUCCUGUAUGUAUGCAACCUUGUGAACGUGAGUUGACAUGCGGUCAUAAGUGUAAAGACAAGUGUGGGGCUAAGUGUGAUGUCAAGAAAUGUAAAAAGCUGGUUCUCUCCAAAGUGAAACCAGACUGUGGACACGAUCCAAUGAUGGUACAGUGCUGCUUCAACCAUACGGAUUGGCUGUCAUUGAAGCUUAUACAGUUCUGUAAGGCGAAGUGUGAUGCUUUAUUGAAAUGUGGACACCACUGUAGAGGAGAAUGCGGGAAUUGUAAAACCAAAGGAGCUCAUCAAGUAUGUGAAAAACCUUGCAAAGUGUUCGGGCCUUGUGGACAUCGGUGUACAAAAAAAUGUCAUGAGGAAUGUGGAGUGUGCAAUAAGAAAUGUUUGAAGAAGUGUUCACACCAGAAAUGUGAUCACGUUUGUGGAGAAACUUGCAAUAUUUGCCAGGAACCAUGCGACCGCGGUUGUAUACAUCAGAAGUGCAGCCGUCCAUGUUUUGCUGUAUGUAACCGAAAGCCUUGUGCCUUCCCCUGCCCCUCUCCCCUGGCCUGUGGACAUCCGUGUCAAGGGUUUUGUGGGGAUCCGUGUCCGGAAAUAUGCCUGCUAUGUGAACCUCAGCUUGCUUCUGACAUAAAACCCGAUCACAGGAUUAUAGUUUUGGAUUGUGGUCACAGUGUUGAUGCUGCAACGAUGGAUGCCAAUAUUCAUAUGAAUAAGGGUCGUAUUACAAGAUGUCCAAUAGUUUCUUGCCAAACACCAGUAAUAACCACAAAACGGUACCACAAAGAAGUAACGGAAGCAUUUUUCAACAUUAUGAAACUUAAAAGGGAAAUAACCUUGAAAACAAUUCGUAAACCAUCGAUGAAAACGUGUGAAGAAACAAGACAAGAAGAUUCACAUCGCCACACAAAUAAACCAAUAGGAAGGUCAAAUCAAAAUGAAUGCACUUCAAGAAAUCUCUACAAUGAUUCUACACAUUCAAGAAGAGAGCCUAAUAGGCCAAAUCAAAAUGCGUCAAGAAAUCCAUAUAACAAGUCUACAAAUUCAAGAGGAGGGCCUUAUAGGCCAAAUCAAAAUGCAUCAAGAAACCCAUAUAACAACUCUACAAAUUCAAGAGAAGGGCCAUAUAGGCCAAAUCAAAAUAUAUCCACUUCAAGAAACCCAUACAAUAAUCCAGCAAGUUCAAGGGGAAGGCCAUACCAGCAAAUUCAAAAUGGAGCCUUUUCAAGGAAUCCAUUUAAUUCCCCCACAAAUCCGAGGGGAAGGCCUUGGCAGCCUGGACAAUAUAGAGAUCAUCCAAGAAAUCCGUACAAUAAUCCAGAAAGUUCAAGAGAAAGGCCACCUCAGCAAAUUCAAAAUGGAGCCACUUCAAGAUAUCCAUUUAAUUCUCCCACAAAUCCGAGGGGAAGGCCUCGGCAGCCUGGACAAUAUAGAGAUCAUCCAAGAAAUCCGUACAAUAAUCCAGAAAAUUCAAGAGAAAGGCCAUAUCAGCAAAUUCAAAAUGGAGCCACUUCAAGAAAUCUGUUUAAUUCUCCCACUUCGAGGGGAAGGCCUCGGCAGCCUGGACAAUAUAGAGAUCCCUCUAUAAAUUCAUAUAAUAAUCCAAGACAAGGAAGAUACACUUACAUGGUCCCUACUGAGGCAGGUCAAAAUGGAGCUUCUGCAAGAAAUUCAAACACUUCAACUGAAAAACCACAGACAUUGAAUAAGACUGAAACUAAAACCAGGUUGACAAAGUUUCAAAGACCCAAAGAUCAAAUCACAGACACCACCCGAAGUGCGGAGGAGUAAAUUCAUUUACAGCAGCCAACACAAUUUUAAACAAAUGGGUUUGGGAGAUUUGUUUUGAAAGUUGUUUUAAAAGUAAGAAAAUUGUUUUCAAUUGCUGUUAUACAUUUUUUGGGUACAACAUAAAAUCGCCUGGAUCAAUUUAGAUGUUCAUGUGAGCAGAGCAAGAUAUACCAUUCCUUUUAAUCGACCUUCCUUGAUUGAGAUUAUGCAUAUGUUGUGGACACGUUGUUUACUCAGUCCAAAAACUAUUUAAGUCAACUUUAUAUAAAGUCAAUUUAUUAUUUGUGUUACUGAGGUAGUGAUUUUAAUAUUAUCACCUGUUUGUGAGCAAAGGUAGAAUGUUAGUUUUUUCCAAUAAACAACA